AUGAGGGUCGUGGCUCGAGUUUCACCGUGGAGCAGCGUGGGGAGGCACGCGGGGAGAGCGCGCCGAGGCGAGCACGGCAGGUGGCCCAGACACACAAUCUCCUCCACGGGGCUGUGCCGGUUUGGAAGUAGAAUCGACUGCUGCUGGGGCUGGGCCCGCUUAUUGUCGGGGCAAUGCCAACCUUUCUACGUCUUAAGGCAGAGAAUAGCCAGCCUAAGGUGCCAGCCCAAAGCUAUAUGCCAGCCAAGAUGCAAACAUGGGCAAUGCAUUGGACCAAACAAGUGCAAGUGCCACCCAGGAUACACUGGAAAAACCUGCAACCAAGAUCUAAAUGAGUGUGGACUGAAGCCCCGGCCAUGCAAACACCGAUGCAUGAAUACCUACGGCAGCUACAAGUGCUUCUGCCUGAAUGGCUACAUGCCCAUGCCAGACGGAACGUGCUCUAAUGCCCAGACGUGUUCCAUGGCCAACUGUCAGUAUGGCUGUGAUGUGGUGAAAGGGCAAGCGCGCUGCCGCUGUCCUUCUCCAGGCCUGCAGCUGGGGCCUGAUGGGAGGACCUGCAUAGAUAUCAAUGAAUGUGCUACUGGGAGAGCUAUCUGCCCCCGCUUUGGGCACUGCAGCAAUACUUUUGGAAGCUACAUUUGCAGAUGCCAUAAAGGCUUUAAUCUAAUGUACAUCGGAGGCAAACAGCAAUGCCAUGAUAUAGAUGAAUGUUCUCUUGGCCAGCAUCAGUGUGGUACUUUUUCACGAUGUUACAACACACAUGGAUCCUACCAAUGCAAAUGUAAAGAAGGCUACAUAGACAGUGGAACAAACUGUAUACUUAUUCCCAAUGUUAUGAUUGAACCACCUGGUCUGUAUCAUAUGUUGAAGGGCAACAGCACACUUCCCAAGGGAGGCAGUAGCCUAACCAAUAGGAUUCCUGAUAGUGGAGGCACAAGUCAACCCCCCAGACCACCAUAUGUACCUGCUGUUGUUACAGGAAGGCCAGUGGCCAGGCCAUCGACUCGUCCUACAGCCCGGCCAACAACUCGACCUCCACCCAGGCCAACCACCAGGUCCAUGCCCGUGACGACAAGGCCAGUGACGAGGCCUCCGCCUCCAACAUUAAGGCCUACGCUGCCUCCACAGAGGACUCCUGUGAUGACAACUGGAGAGUCUUCGCAUGUUCCAAUUGAAACUACAUCUUCCCAAGUAACUACAGUUGACAACAGGAUCCAGGUAGAUCCACAGAAAUCUCGAGGCGACGUGUUCAUUCCACGCCAGCCAGGAGUGAGCAAUAAUCUGUUUGAAAUACUUGAAAUUGAAAGAGGGAUUACUGCUGAUGAGUUUGAAGCAAACGAUGACCCAGGGCUGCUGGUGCACAGCUGUGAUUUUGACAGUGGACUCUGUGGCUGGAUCAUGGACGAGGAUGAUGAGUUGCACUGGGAGCCAGUUGGAGAUCCAUCAGGGGGACGGUACCUUACGCUGUCAGAGCCAAAAGGCCAAGACAGAGGCGCAGCCCACCUGGUCCUGCCGCUGGGCCCCAUGGCCCAGGCUGGGAACUUGUGCCUGUCGUUCAGACACAAGCUGCCAGGGCGGCACUCCGGGGCGCUGCACGUCUUCCUGAGGAGGAGCGGCGCCCACGGACCCGCGCUCUGGGGAAGGAAGGGCGGCCGCGGCUGGAGAGACACGCAGCUCACGCUGCAGGGCUUGGGUGUCAAGAGCAUUGUUUUCAAGGGGGAGAAAGAGAAAGGAAGAACUGGGGAUAUUGGGCUAGAUGAUAUUGUCCUGAGGAGAGGACGCUGCUCUGACGAACACUAGCAAAGACAGGGGCUGAGCACAAGUCAUCUCCUCCAGCCCUUCUCAUCCUCUUCCCGUCAAGCUUCAGAAUGAAACUGCAUAAA